GGAUUUUUCUCUGAACUGUGCGGUUAUCUGUAAGUGAGUGUGCUGGACCUUCAUAUGGACAGUACCGCUGAUAUGGAGUCCAGACAACAGGAGCUGUACUCUUGCGUACUGACUCCUGAAGCAGUAGACUGGGAAGAGAGAGGAAACCUCCAUGCAGGUUUAUUGGACAAAGAACCUCUAAAGGAAGUGGAUGAGGACAUGGUGUCAGAGGUGGAUCUCAACAACACUGUCACAGAAGAGGAGCGAGAGGAAAUGCAGAAUGAACUGGCUAAGUUAGAGGAGGAAAUCAUUACUUUGAAGCAAGUCCUGGCCUCCAAAGAGAAGUGCCACUUGGAGUUGAAACAGAAACUGGGGAUCACACAGCUGACUGAACUACGACAGAACUUCAGCAAGAGCUGGUACGACAUGCAGACCAGCACAGUGUACAAAAGGACCUCUGAGACUCUGAGCAUGGCAGGACAGAGGACAUCUGCGGCCUUCAGCAAUCUGGGCACUACCAUCAGCAGGAAGUUUGGAGACAUGAGCUAUUCUAUACGCCAUUCAAUGAGUAUGCCUGCAAUGAGGAACUCGCCUAGUUUCAAGUCAUUUGAGGAGAAAGUGGAAAGCACAGUUUCUAACAUCAAGUCAAAGGUUGGAAGCACUGGAGGUGCUGGCAGUUUCGAGGAGGUGUUAUCAUCAGCUGCUCAGGCCAGUGCCCAGGACACCCCUACAAACAGUAUAACCAAGAGCAGUGAGUGCACGUGCUAAGGGUCUUGACAGUCUUCUGGAUUACCCAUGGAACUCUGAUGCCCCCUAAUGGUCUGGAGACCAUAGUGUUAGCUGGGAGUGCUAAAAUUGCACUAGGGGCCCAAAACAUAGUAAUAUAUUCCUUUCAGAUGUUACGUGUAAAAGUGGAGCACAUUUUUCUUUAACUCUCGGUCGAAAUAAUUAUAUUUUUCAAGAAGUCUGCCUUUGACAAACCUAUUAUUAAUUCGCUGCAUUACUUUUAUCAUUAAUUUAUACUAACUCAGCAUUGUGUGACUGUAACAAAGCAUUAAGCAUUUCCUGGACCAAAAAUAAUGGCUGCAUGUGCAAUCCUAAGAGAAGUACAGUACUUGAAAAAAUGUUUAACAAAAACAGAUGUCAGACUUGCUAUUUAAAUAUUUCCCUUCCUUAACUUAUUUGUUCUUUGUCUUAUUCUCACUGUAUACCCAACAACUAAAGCACACAUGUGCUGAUAAACAGCAAAUUAUGUAGGAUUUAUUUUUCUCAGUGACGGCUUUAAAUGUACAUUGUUAUAAUGUAUUGGCAACAAUAAUUGUCAUUAACCAAAAAUGUAUAGCAUUUUAUUGUUUUUCUUUUCUUUUUUUCUUCAUACUUUAUGUAAAAUUAGACUUUGUAACAGCUUUGUGGGUAUAGCUUUGACAUUGAGGUCAAUUGUUAUUUAAACUUGAUUUUUGUAAUUUAAAAGAUCUUACUUCAAAUGCAUACUCAGUGUUGAACUUGACCUGUUGUUGGCACAACUUUUGCCAUUUAAAUGAUUUUUGCAGUCACCAAGUCCUGGAUCAUCAGUCCUGAAAUUAAGACCCAUGAUCAGAAACCAUAAAAUUAAAAUGAACUUUUUAUUGUGCUUUUGUCCCUAUUAAGAGUAAAGUCUUGCGGAGUCUUUGCAAAAAAGUUCAUACAAUAGAUGUCACUCAAAACUUUUGUAAGAGAUAUUUAUUUUUUGUAGUUACUGCUUAACUAUAACAUUUUACAUGUUACUUUUUUAAUCACUGGGAUCUGCUUGGUGGUGUUCAGGAAGUUUAUAAAAUUUGUGUUUAAGUGAGAUGCUUUAAUUGGAAUGAAAUUGAAAUGAUGCUUAAUCUGU